GCAGCGGCGCGCGGCGAUUGGGCGAAAGGGGAGCAGGGGUGUAUGGUGCCGCGGGCAGACAACACCAAAACAUUAACAACAAGCAGUUUCUGCCGCUCGAAGCUAACUUCAGAGACUCUUUCCCACCUCCGGGGCGGACGCCGCAGAGAUUUCGGAUGUCACGAUGGCAGCAAAGUUCUCCAUCUCAGACAACGAUUCGGAGUCAUCCGAGGAGGUAGAGGGAGGAAGACUUGACCUGGCAGCAUCAGGAGGAGAAGGAGGAGGAGGAGGAGGGGGGCACCUUCAUGAUCGACAUGCCCUCACCCUGCCAGAGCUUCGACUUACAAGUAACGGGCGUACCAGGCUGAAUUCAGAGUCCACCGUUUCGACGUACUCCAGAGAUGAAGACCUCCCGCGGGAAGACGAGGCUGGAACCCCCACCGACGGGUUGGCCUUCAGGGGCCGAUCCAAGUCAGCCCCUCCGGCCUUGUGGGCCGCCAAGAAGUACGGCCAGCAGCUUCGGAGGAUGAGCGACGAGUUCGACAGCCUGCUGGAUAAAGGGGAGAUGAGGAAGGUGAGGAGCGCGGGGGCGACCAAACAGAUGCACCACUCCACGAGCUGGUGGAACUACCUCUUCAGCCACCCGGAGGCCGAAGGAGAGUACAGCCACCACGAAAGCCACCGCACCGAGUAGAGGAGGACUCUGUUGUGAUGAAGGACUCUGACGGACACCACAGGGGCAUCGAUGAAAGGGGAGAUCGUCCCGAUCGAAAACGAGAGGAAUCCGAACACUAAGACUGGGCUGUCCACCUUUAAACUCAUUUCUUUUAGAACAUGUUUGUCCUUCUUUGUAUUUGCUUUGACUGUGAUGUAAAAAAAAAACGCCCACAUGACUGAAAGUUUAGAUCUUUGACACAAUCAGCAUAUAAAAAUGACCAUCACAUAGAAGCGAUUGGAGGAGACGCCCGCCACGCCGUCAGAGGAAGUCAAAACUCCUCCUCCUAACGUCUUUUAUCUCCGUCUGGCACAGACAAGUGCUCGAUUUUGCAUCGUGAGCUCGUCCGAACAAUCGCGCGGCGGGACAAUCUUCGGCGAUGCACAAGUGCUUUCUGAGUAAAUCUUCAGGGGUUACAAACCUGCGUUCAAAAAGCACAAAUCCGAGAUCAUUCAGUGUAAAUACCUUGUGAAUAUUUUUAUGAAACGACAAGGGAGGGGCUUUAAAUAGAGGUUUUAUCAAAGAGGUUAGCGGGCGGUCCGGUGGGCGUGGCUAAUCCUUGCAAUAGGCUGUGUACAAUCCAUGGCUGUUGUGAUAAAUGUUACGAAGGACGAUUAAACUGCUGUUGACUCUGCAGUCCAAAGGAAGGGCUUUGAGAGUCGCAUUUAUAAGAAAAACUACUUAAAAAGAUCGGGGUUUCGAUGCUGAAUUCAGGAUGUGAAUAUUUUCUUUUAGUGUAAACAAACGAAAAAGAAAAAGGCUAGUUUGUCGGAUCGCUACAGCUGGAUUUGAUGUUUGUGUGUUGUGUUCUGCUGAGGAAGCGGGGAUCUGUAAACCUUUGAAAACGGUUCCUCGUUCGUUCUGCUCGCCGUCUUCCUCGAGUGGGGAAGUUCGCAGACCAAAUCGCAGCAUCGCGUUAUCUUUACUAACGCUCUUUUUAUAGCUUUUUUUUCCCUAAACUCUGGAACUCCAGACAAUCUGAACGGUGCUGCAUUUUUCUAAAAACGUUCUCAGCUGUCGUGAUUGAUGUGUUUCAUGCCACUACUCUGAUCUAUCUAAUCACUUCUUAAAGGACAAUAUUUGUACUCAUGAGCUGGUAGAGAUUACUCGCACUGUUUUUGGCUCUCGGGUGAACCUUUUCUUCUCGGGAGAUGAAUUGUCGCGUUAGAUGAAGCGCCUUUUUUGAACUUCACAGCCUUAAAUCUUUAUUAGGACGCUGAAGGGGGAAAGCACAAACUCUCGGAGGUGCGUUCACUGCCACAACGGCAAGGGAAACACUUUUGAUCGGCUCUUUAGCGGGCAGUGAAGCACGAACCUGCGCGGGCGCCUGGAGUUUUCCGAAACCAUCCUUAGUAUUACUUGAAUCUUUGAGUGUGUCUGGGAGGGGAAGAAAUGCAAUUUUAAUACAUUAAGUGGAUUUUUUUUUUAAAUAAUUUUUGUUUUUUUAAUGUAUUUUCUCUACAGCUGUCAAGCCUCUGCUAUAUGCUGUCUUUAAUAAAUGAUUCUAAGAGUG